AUGGGCUGCGAUAAGGCCUGCAAUAUUGUUCAACAGCUGGAGAAUGUCCAUAAACAGUUAGCAGGUUUUUCUUCGCAAGCUCAUAAAGACACAAGCCAAGCAGUCAAGCGAAAAGAUGUUACCCCGAGACGGUCCGAGUUGCCUUUUACCUGUUACCGAUGUGGAAAUCAGCACUUUUCAGUCGAGGAAUGUCGUUAUAAACGGAUUAUAUGCCACCAAUGUGGAAAAUCAGGGCACUCCACCCGAGUUUGGCCAUCUAAAGCUUGCACAGCCGCGACAUCACGUUUGCCCAAGAAGCCCGUGAAG